UUUAACAAUUUGACAAGAUUUCUUUUACACGAAUAUAUCUACACCCUGUUCUACAGAAAUGAAUUAUUCUCAUGAUCUACCACAAUCUAGAAAAAGAAAAUUGGAUAUAGAAGAAAAUGUUAAUAAUAUAUCAUUGGAUUUAACUGGCAGUAGCAACAAGCAAGCAAGAACAUCAAAUAAAGAUGUAUACAGUGAUAACGCAUUAUUAGUUGUAAAACAUUACAAUUCAAUAGAAAAUAAAGAUACUACUCUUAGGAGUAAAAGCAGAAUUUUAUAUAUGAGAAAUUUUAAUAACUGGAUUAAAAGCAUGCUUAUGAAGUUAUAUAGGAAUGAUACUUAUGGAUCACAUGCAAAUGUAUUAGAUAUGUGUUGUGGUAAAGGAGGUGAUUUAUUUAAAUGGAAAAAUAUGAAUAUAAGACAUUUAAUUUGUGCUGAUUUGGCUGAAGUGACAAUGCAACAUUGUGAACAUCGAUAUAAAAAUAUGUUGCAACGAAUUUCUGAAUAUGAAAGACAUUCUCGUAUAUUUACUGCUGAAUUUAUAAUAGCUGACUGUACAAAGGUUCGUUUAAAAGAAAAGUUUAAAGAUCCUAAUAUAAAACUUGACUUGGUUAGUUGUCAAUUUGCAUUUCAUUAUUGUUUUGAAUCAUUGGAACAAGCAGAAUGUAUGAUUAAAAAUGCAAGUGAAUGUUUAAAACCAGGAGGUUAUUUUAUUGGAACUAUUCCAGAUGCAUAUGAUUUAGUUUCUAGGUGGCAAAAAUGUGAUGGUGACAGUUUCGGAAACGAGAUUUAUAAUGUAAACUUUUGUUGUGAUAAAGCAAAACCUCCACUUUUUGGAGCUAAAUAUCACUUUCAAUUAGAAGGUGUUGUCAAUUGUCCUGAAUUUCUUGUUUAUUUACCUGUAUUUUGUAAAUUAGCUUUAAAAUUUGGUUUGAAGCUAAUACUGUUUGAAAGGUUUGGUAACUUUUAUAAACGUAUGAAGGACAGAGGUGAAUUAUUACUUAAAAAAAUAGAAGCUUUGGAAUCUUAUUCACCACACUCUAAUGUUCCACUUGUUGGUAAAGCUGAUCAAGAUUAUCAACAUGUUAAAGAAUAUAUAAAAAAAUCACCAAAUUGUCCUGAAAUUGGUACAUUAUCUCAGCCAGAAUGGGAAGUUACUUCAUUAUAUGCUGUAUUUGCUUUUCAAAAAAUGGAAACUUAA